AUCUCUCCUGGCUGCCUUCUAAUCGCAGCAGGACCCGUUCAUAACCACCCUUCUCACGGGUUUCUUGGUUUCUUGUCGACCUCCCAAUAGUUCUCCCCGGCUAUUUCUACCUUCACCAUGGACGGGGACGAGCUCAUCGCCUCGGUCUACCGCAAGAUCGAGCGGGAGAAGGCCCUCAUCGCCGCCGCUUCGAACAUGCGACAGUCGACCGAUAAUCCUCUCGUGCAGCAAAGGGUCGACGCCAACAUUCGCGAUGGGCAGAAGAAUAUUGCUUACCUCGAGGAGAAGAUGCGGGAACUGCAGUUGCGCCAAGAACGAGGCCAGGCAUCCCCGACCGAUCGACGCAUCCCCUCGGGUGACGGUGCACCUGUGCCACCGCAGAAGGAUUACGGCAAUGAGUAUGGCGAAGGGGCCGGUCAAUAUCCGCAGGGAGGAUCAGGGUCCAUGCCGUCAGGUGCCCCAUACGCAGACCCUCGCCCUUUUGCUCCCGUGCCCAAGGCUCGCCCCAAUUACACAAAGCUCGACUUGAUCAAAUAUGACACUCAGUACCUGGGACCCAAGAUCCAGCUCAUGCUGUCCCAGCUGGAGUUCAAGCUGAGUGUAGAGAAGCAAUACAAGGCUGGUAUCGAGAAGAUGGUUCGCUUGUAUCAGGAUGAGGGAGAUCGCAAGAGUCGUGCCGAUGCUGAAGGCCGGCGGAUUGAGAGUAACCAGAAGAUCCAGUUGCUGAAGCAGGCCCUGAAGCGAUAUGAGGAUCUUCACGUCGACAUCGAAUCAGCAGACAGCCCUGAUGAUGAGAGCCUAAGCACACCAAACCUGCGUAAGCCGCUCACAGGUCUGCUAACCAUGCGCAUCCAUGCCGUGCAAGAUGUAGAUCAUGCCACCAGCUCCCGAUUCUCGCGCGGCCCGGAGACUUUUGUGGUUCUGAAAGUGGAGGAUACCAUUAAAGCGCGCACGAAGCCGACUCGCACAGAUAGAUGGCAGGAUGAAACUUUCAACUUGGAGAUUGACAAGGCCAACGAAAUCGAACUCACCGUAUAUGAUAAAUCUGGAGAUCGGCCUACCCCGAUCGGCAUGCUCUGGGUGCGCAUUUCGGACAUUGCCGAGGAGAUGCGUCGGAAAAAGAUCGAAACGGAGUUCAAUGCAUCGGGAUGGGUUUCUGCGGAAAAGAUGGGACAUGGAGGACAGCCCGGACGGCCCGAUACUGCAGGAGGAAUGGGUGCAUCUCAUCAAGGUGGCCCCGGGGGUCCUGCAGGGCCGGGUGGUCAGGGUGGUGCGGCCGGCGCACCGGGUGCUGGCCAGGUCAUCAUUGAUUCUUGGUUUGCGUUGGAACCAGUUGGGCGUAUCCAGCUGUCCAUGAGUUUCGCUAAGCAACUGAAAGACCGACGUCCGUUCGAUAUUGGUCUCAAUCGUCAAGGUGCUGUUCGGCAGAAGAAGGAGGAGGUCCACGAGAAGCAAGGCCACAAGUUCGUCACGCAGCAGUUUUACAACAUCAUGCGCUGCGCGCUUUGCGGCGAUUUCCUGAAAUAUGCCGCCGGCAUGCAGUGUGCUGACUGCAAGUACACCUGCCAUAAGAAGUGCUAUCCCAAGGUCGUCACCAAGUGUAUCAGCAAAGCCAACUAUGAGACGGACCCGGACGAAGAGAAGAUCAACCACCGGAUUCCGCACCGUUUCGAGGGUUUCUCCAACCUUUCAGCCAACUGGUGUUGCCACUGUGGAUACUUGCUGCCUUUCGGACGCAAGAACGCAAAACGCUGUACAGAGUGUGGUCUCACGAGUCACGCCCACUGUACUCAUCUCGUGCCCGACUUCUGUGGCAUGUCCAUGGAAGCAGCUAACCAGAUCUUGGAAACUCUUAUUCGGGCAAAGGUUCAUAAUAAGUCUCCAUCGGUCAGCUCUACCAGCCGCCUGAGCGACCGCACCUUGCGCGCUCCUCAGACUCCGCAGGACCAUACAUCCAUGGCCUACCCGUCAAAGCCUGUCGAGCAGUACGAGCCAGCACGGCCCGCCGCUCGGGAUGCCGUGAGCGCUGCGUCUAUGUCAUAUAAGCCUCCGCAGUCUCCAACUACCCCUCAAGCAUCUCAGACAUCUCCCAGAAGCUCGGCUUCGGCCGAUCUCGCAAGCCAUGCCGCCGCAGCCGCGGCAAAUACUCGUCCUCCCCAGGCGAUGCCAGAACCAAGCCGCCCUGUGCAGCCCCAGCCACCCCAGCAUGCUCGCUAUGAUCCUUCGGCUUAUCCCAUGUUUGAAGGAGGAGGCAUGCCACAUCAGCAGAUGCAGAAUGUCGGUGCCCCUGGUCCGUAUGGCGUUCAGCAGCAGCAGCAGCAGCAGCCGCCGCCGCCACCGCAACAGAGUAUGGCAGUGGCACAAAAGCAAGCACCUGAGGCGCCUCAGCAACAACCGAAGGUCAGAAUCGGACUGGAUCAUUUCAACUUCCUGGCGGUUUUGGGUAAGGGUAACUUUGGUAAGGUCAUGCUGGCGGAGACCAAGAGCACAAAGAAGCUUUAUGCGAUCAAGGUCCUGAAGAAGGAGUUCAUCAUCGAGAAUGAUGAAGUCGAAAGCACCAAGUCUGAAAAGCGGGUCUUCUUGAUCGCCAACAAAGAGCGUCACCCCUUCCUCCUUAACCUCCACGCCUGUUUCCAGACCGAGACGCGCGUGUACUUCGUUAUGGAAUAUAUCAGUGGUGGUGAUCUGAUGCUCCACAUUCAGCGCGGCCAGUUUGGUCUCAAGCGAGCACAGUUCUAUGCUUCCGAGGUUUUGCUCGCGCUGAAGUAUUUCCACGAGAAUGGUGUCAUCUAUCGUGACUUGAAGCUUGAUAACAUUCUUUUGACUCUGGAUGGCCAUAUCAAGAUUGCGGAUUACGGUCUCUGCAAGGAAAACAUGUGGUAUGGUGCAACAACCAGCACCUUCUGUGGUACGCCCGACCUUCAUGCCCACCAUCACCAGCCCGACAGAUACCAGCAAUUUCGAUCAGGAAUUCACAAGUGUGACUCCUGUCCUGACGCCUGUGCAGUCCGUCCUUUCUCAAGCUAUGCAGGAAGAGUUCCGCGGCUUCUCCUACACUGCCGACUUCGCAUAAACAUUCUCCGCGUAACUUCUCGACCGCCUGUGCUGAUUGCGCGUUUGUCUUGUCUCUACUUUGGCCUGAUGUGUUUCUCGGAUUCUUGAUGUUGCCGGUCUUUGGGCACCGUUUGCGCCGGUGUCUUUCACAUACCCAUAAGUGUUUUGAGUGCCAGUGUAAGCGUGGUGAUAGCUUUUGUGAAUGCAGAUGGAUUGAUGGCUUCGACGGUGUUU